AUGCUCUCUAAGGGAUGGGUAAAACUUCAGAUUGAGCCAGUCGAAGUCACGAUAGAUAAUGAGGAGUCACUCCUUUUUUCGACAGUUCAGUCAAUCGUCCCAGGAGCACACGGUUUGUAUUAUCGUGAGAAUGGCCAGAGAAAAGCUUUAGGCUUCGAUACUACAACAGGCCGAGUGUUCGCACCUACAGAUGGAUGGCAGGCUCAGGAUAUUUAUGUUCAUCUAGCUCAUGGUACAAGACAUGGCAUGCAUUACGCGGAUUAUUCGAAAGCUACAGCUCAAUUCGAAAAAAACGUGUCUGCUGUACAGAAACUUUUCGCUGGAUUAGGACACACUGGUUUCGGCGGUAUGAAACCAAUUGUGCGUGGAGAGAAGAAAGCUAGAAGCCGAUCGAAAGUCAAAUCUGGCUUUGAAGCUCAACCAGAAAAUGUCCAUAUAAGUGAGGAGAGUGAUAUUGUCAGUCAACCUACUCAACAAGAUUCAAUUGAGAUUCUAAGAAAUCAGCUUAAAGAGAUUCAAAAAGAAAACGAAGACUUGAAGAAAAGAGAUCAGAGAGUAUCCAUUAAUGCGGAACUGGAAGUAGAAAAGUUGAAAGCUCGCAACUCAGAGCUUGAAUCUAAACUUGCAAACUUCUCCGAUGUGGUUCAGAGCCAAGAAAUUUCAGCUAGCAACAUAUCCGUUGGCAGUGUCGAGGCAGCUGAUGACUCGAAACAGCUAAGUGGGAAACUAGUGGAGAAGGAUGAAGAGAUCAAUAAUCUCCAUAAUGUCAUCGAGGAGCUCCGAGAACAAUUAGGUAACCGCAAGAAGGCUCAUCUCAACCUUCAGAACGAACUGGACCAAAAUAAAGACCUCCUGAAAAAUGCUAGAGAUAAGAUAUCUUACUUGGAAAACCAAUUGAACAUCUUGUCUCCUGGAGAAGUCUCCAUUCAAGUGCCUAAAAGCCGAAGCAGAAAUACAUCAGAAUCACACGAAGAUGCCCCAUCAAAGAUCCGAGCUUUGGAUGUCAAAUUACAAAUGGCCAACAAUCAGCUCAGAAUAGUUGAAUCAGAUAAGCAGAAGUUACAAGAAGCCAACUGGUUCGCCAAUGAACGUGUUAGCAAACUAGAAAAGGAUAUAGGAUAUCUCAAGGGAGCUAAUGACGAAAUGAGGCAUCGCUUAAAUGAGUCCACGAACGCAGCAAUUCUGGCUGAGAAGGAUCAACGUAUAUAUGAACUAGCUGAACAACGUUCGAAAUUAGAAUGGCGUCUUGGAGAACUCAACCAAUGGUGGAACGAUUCUAAGUGGAAGGUAGGAGAAUUGGAAUCUAGUCUGGCUCAUCAAAAGUAUCUCUUGGAAACUGCCGGCAACAAAAUUCAAAACCUCAAUGAACAGUUGAUUAUAUCUUUACGCUGUCCACAAGCUGCUCCACAGUGCACCGCGACUUAUGCAAUUCGUCAAGACCAACCCGGAUAUUGGCAACUUGCCAAUUCACAAUUCCCUGCUGUCUUUUCACAGCAACAAGUGAUUCCCAACUUUAAUUCUUAUUCAAUCCCAGUUCAUAAUACUUUCGGCUACCCAACUGUAUCGCAUGCCGAUAGUAGAAGAGUGACUUUAGAAAUUGAAAAUAAUGAACAAUCAGAAGUUUUUGUUCUGUCUUCCUUCCUCAAUUGGCAAUGCGCUGUAAGAUGUGAUGUUAACAGAGAAGGAAAAACAGGUGUAGUAUUAGAUCUGCCACGUGGCAAACAUGAGUUCAGAUUCCUGAAAAACGGAUCAUGGACUACUUCACCUUUAUAUUCCGCAAUCCCUAAUGGAUUUGGAGGCUUCAAUAACUUGGUGAUUGUUGAAUAG